UUCUUUCAUCAUGUCGUCUGCUGUUUGUCUUCCUUUUUUUCAAUUAUAGUUUAAGUAAUUUUAGCUAAAUGAAGAAAUGCAGUGCCAUAUAUGCAUAUAAAAAUGAUACACAUAUUUGUAUUCAUGUCAAAUAUCUUGAUGAUUUAAUGUUUUUUUCUUAGUUUUUAUGUUCGAACAAUGAAAUGGGAGAAAAAGUGCGGAACUUUCGCUCUUCCUACUAUGAUAAAGUCGGGUUUCGAGGAGUUGAAGAAAAGAAAUCGUUAGAAAUUUUACUCAAUGAAAAACCUAUCGACAAAGAGAAACUAUCAAAAUUUUGUGUUCGAGUAACGCUUCCAUCCAUGUAUCGUGAAUAUGUCUGGAAAGUUCUGUUAGGAGUGCUCCCUGUUAACAUCGAGAGCCAUGAUUCAGUGAUGCAACAAAGGCAGGAACACUACCAAGAGCUAGAAGCAUCUCUCAGAAUCAUGAAAAAGGUUGAGGAGGAUAUGCCCAGAUCAGUAGUCCAUGCUCUCAUGUUCCUGCUCACCGAAGAACUGAUCCUGUUUGAUUUACCGCAGCAGCUAGAGUCUUCACAUGUGAGGAAUUUGGCAGCCAUAGCAUCUGUAUUUUUGGAAUUGUGUUCUCAAGAAAUUGAUGCCUAUUGGUUGUUCAAGAACUUCAUUUUAUUUCGACGGCAGGCAGGCAUUCAAUUUCACAUUCUGAAAGAGAAACUGGAAAGCAUUUUGAGCAAGGAAGAUAACAAAUUAAUCCAGCAUUUGAGAGUUGUGGGUGCCCUCGAAGCCCUUCCUCUUUGCUCCUGGUUUGACAGGUGUUUUGCCAAAAUACUGCACCGCACUUCUUUGGCAAGGAUCUUAGACAAAGUGAUAGGGGGAAGCUUCAAAGUGUUGUCCUAUGUUGGAGCAGCCAUCUUUCUAGUGCGAAGGCAUCCUCUACUGGCUGAAGAGGACCGUGAUCAAAUAGUUUCUUUAUUAGAGAAGAUCCCGGAAGACACUUCUGAUGUCGUUGUGAACAAAGCCCUGGAUCUGUACUACAGCAGGUGAUGAACUCCUGUGAAACCUCCAACACAGAAUUCCUGUCUUUGACACAAAUUUCACCUCAAAGAAUGUACAUUCUCAAGACAGUCACACCUUUGACAGUCAGUAUACACAGAAGAACAUGCAUCUUUUUUCUUCACCUCAUGUACUUUUCGAAUUUUAUGAAAUGUUGCUUUUACAAAUUGAUAAAUAUACUAAAAUGUCACCUUUUAUGCCAAUUAGAUGUUUUUUUUUUUUA